AUGGUCGCCGGCCCCACCUCAGCUUCCGCGCCCCCCCGCGGCGCCAGCUUCGCCGGCAUCCCCACCAUACGCUCCACCUCGCCGACGACCCGACUGAUCCUCCUGACCAUCUCCCUCGUGGGCGUGCAGUUCACCUGGGGCGUCGAGAUGACCUACUGCACGCCGUACCUCCUCUCCCUCGGCCUCACAAAGUCCAAGACCUCGCUGGUCUGGGUGGCUGGCCCGCUGUCUGGACUCAUCAUGCAGCCGGUGAUUGGGGCGCUGAGCGACAAGAGCACGAGUAAAUGGGGGCGGAGGCGGCCGUUCAUGGUGAUUGGGAGCGUGGUGGUCGGAGCGUGUCUGGUGUUGCUGGGGUGGACGCGGGAGGUGGUGGAAUUGUUCCUGGGUGGAGGCGAGGGUUGGGAGGAGGGCGGAUGGAAAAGAGGGCCGACUGUUGUGCUGGCCGUGCUGAGCAUCUAUGCGAUUGAUUUCGCCAUCAAUGCCGUUAUGGCGGGGUGUCGGAGUCUGAUCGUGGACACGCUUCCUCUCAACCAACAGCAGGCGGGAAGCGCGUGGGCGGCAAGGAUGGGAGCAUUUGGAAGCGUCAUUGGGUAUUUCAUUGGGAGCAUGGACCUGGUGACGCUGCUGCCGGUUUGGUUUGGUGGUGACACUCAAUUUAAGAAGAUGAUUCUUGUCGCUUUGGUGGGUCUGUGGGCCUGUGUUGGCUUGACGAGUUGGGCGGUGGGAGAGAGGCGGUUGUUGAGCAGUGACCGAAGCGAUUUGAGCAGUUCGGAGAGUGUUUGGAGUGUGCUACCGGCGCUUUGGAAGCGCACGGUGCAUCUGCCUCCACGGAUCAGAGGGAUCUGCUGGGCGCAGUUCUGGGGCUGGAUCGGCUGGUUCCCCUUCCUGUUCUACAGCAGUACCUGGGUGGGCGAGACGUACUAUCGCUACGAUCACCCGGAACCUGAAGCACCGGAUGAUGGUACACAUGACGCACUCGGCAACAUUGGGCGCUUGGGAAGCGUGGCGCUCGUCAUCUUCUCAAUCAUCACCUUCGCCAGCUCUGUCCUCCUACCUUAUCUCGUGAGCUCUCCGGAUCAGGACGAGUCGAAAGAGAAGUUCACCCGGAGGCCCCCACCAUCCCUAGCGAAUUUACUCAAUGCCAUUGCCCGCAUGCAGCCAGAUCUGGUCACGGCCUGGAUGAUAUCAAACCUCGCCUUCGCAGCGAUCAUGCUGUGGGCACCGGUGGUGCGAUCACUACAUUCGGCAACGCUACUUGUAGCGUUGUGUGGCAUACCGUGGUCCGUAUCGUGCUGGGCGCCCUUUGCCGAGAUCGGUCGCGAAAUCAACAAGAUGGGCACUGGCCCACAUGUGUUAGUCCAUGGCUCUAAUGUGCCCGGAUACAUGCCAGUGCGUGCAAGCCUGGACGACGCCGAGCUGGACGAUUUGGAUGCUGAGGAAUCCCAGCGCUCGGGGCGGCUGGUGUCGGAGGGUGUGCUACGCCUCAAUCAUCCUGCAGAGGACGACGAGUCAUCGUCGACGGGCGAGCUGUCCGGUGUCUACCUGGGUGUGCUUAACGUGUACACUACGCUUCCUCAAUUCGUCGGCACAUUCGUGAGCUGGAUCGUCUUCUCGUUGCUCGAGCCAGGGAAGCCCACCGGAGAGGGUUCCGAGGCCGACCAUAGCCGAUGGCUGAACGCCAACAAAGAUGCACCGAACGCCAUUGCAGUGUGUUUGUUCAUUGGUGCAUGUUGCGCAAUUGUCGGAGCUGAGGCGACAAGGCGACUGAGGAAGAUGGGGUGA